AUGGGCAAAUGCUGCAAGUGCAACGGGAGGCUGCUUUGCAUGUGCUUGCUGCCUUGCAUGAUGACUGGCCACCUUCUCAUUUAUAUCAUGGUGACUAUAUUUGUAACCAUCUCCUACACUCCCUCGAAAAUACCCAUCCACUACAUUGCUCCGGGGAUUUCAGCAAAUUCCGGGGCCUUGGCCUCUCAUCCACUCAGCCCUUUCUGGAAGCUUCAUCUGGACCACAGUUCACUAUGGAACCAGUUGCAGCACUCCUUGGACCGUCAUUACAAUCCAAUACUGCAAGGAAACACGAGUGGGACAUUGCGAAAGCCUAUAGCAAAACUUCCAACUCCAAUUAGGGAUGAAUGCCUUUCCGGUUGUGCAUCACACAAGUGUUCAAAACCUUCUCAAUAUGAUGUCAACAAUAUUCCCGAACAAAUGAGAUUAUUCGUGAGGUCAAUGCAUUGCAGGAGUUACCGAAUGCUCAUCAAUCAACCCAAUAUGUGCAAAAGGAACAAGACUAAAUCUGGUCUUGACUAUCCAAUGCUCCUCAUGGCCAUCAAAUCUCAAGUGGGGAACUUUGAAAACAGGCAAGCCAUUCGUGAAACCUGGGGUCGCAGUGGUUUUGUGAAGGGAGAGGCCAACAAGAAAGGGGGAUUUGUACGGACUGUGUUUCUACUUGGAAGGCAGGACUCGAGUACAGGACCUCACCCAGACCUGAAAAACUUUCUUGAUCUAGAGAAUCAAAAACAUAGAGACAUUCUUCAGUGGGAUUUUAGGGACUCUUUUUAUAAUCUGACUCUGAAGGACUUGCUGUUUUGGCGUUGGCUCAAGCAAUACUGCCCCACUGCGAUAUUCAUUUUUAAGGGGGAUGACGAUGUCUUUGUCAGAACUGGCGCACUACUGGAUUACUUAAGCAAACACUGGGAGGAACACAAACUUCGGCGGGCCAUUACAAAUGAAACUCACAUGGAUUUAUUUGUUGGUGAUGUCAUCAGUAAUGCAAUGCCAAACCGGGAUCCGUCUGCUAAAUACUACAUACCUGAAAGUUUCUACAGAGGAGCCUACCCAACUUAUGCUGGGGGAGGAGGGGUGGUAUACUCUCGAUCACUUGCAUUACGACUUAUAGAGGUGUCCACGAAGGUCUGCCUUUUCCCAAUCGAUGAUGUUUACCUUGGAAUGUGCCUGGAAAGACUGGGGCUCUCGCCAAGUCAUCACCCAGGUUUUUUAACAUUUGAUCUACCAGAGACAGACAGGGGAAAUCCCUGUGCCUAUAAAUCUGUGCUUCUUGUUCACAGGCGGAGCCCCAAAGAGAUGUUGACAUUAUGGCACAAGUUGCAGGAUAUGAAUAGUAAAUGUUGA